GUUUCUCUCUCCUCUCUCAUAAAUCUUUUCCCUUGCCCUGUUUCUCGUCCCGUAAUUCUGUUAGGACUUAGGAGUUUGAAUUCUGCUCCACCACUCCAGUUCGCGGCUUCCUCGGGCGGUCGCCGACGGAAAACAGUGCCGGGGAGCUUAGGAAGUUCCUGAAGUCUUUCAACUCCGGCACUCGCUUCACUUACAGUUUCAGCUAUCGUCGGCGGCGACCGGUAGGUUCCCGAUCCCAACCUCUCCAGUCUCCGGUACGAUUUUGUUUCCUCCAUGGUGACGGAGGAGAGACCGGAGAGAAACGAGCAGCGCGAUGAUGAGGAAGAUGAUGGUUGCGGAAGGGAUUACUAUGAUAGUGAAGGAAUCCCAGUUCAUGUUUUGGACUCUGGGGAGGAGAUUAAACUUCCCAGUAUACCGCAGCACUACUAUGGAGUGAAGGCUAAUGGCGAGCAUUGCCGUUACCCGAUUUGUGAGGAAAGGGAGGAAACCAUUGCUGAGCUUCCUGCAGGUGUCCAUACGGGGCCUCCGGGCUACUUGAGGGAAGUAUGGGACUACGCAAGGAAGGCGGCUUAUCAGGCGAGGGCAAAGGCAGCUGAGGCGGCCUUAGCCCACGUUCAAGAACGGGAACUGAAGCUUCAACUCUAUUUCCUGAACCUAUCGAUGGAAACAUGGAAGCAUAAGGCCCUUCACUUGAUGCGAUGCAACUUGUGCUUUGGGAAUUCUGCUGCUACCACUAUUCCUGCCAAUGUUAGUUUGCCGAGCCCUCCAUCCACAAUGCCCCCUGCUGCUGCUGCUGCUGCUGUUACUGCGAACCCAGUGCCAGAGCUUAUGCAGGCAAAUGCACCAACCGGUCCACAUAUUGCUCCGGUCGACGCUCCAAGUUCUGCUACUACUCCUCAUCCUCCCCCAUCAUCCAUGGCGAAUGGUGCUGGUACUUCAGCUGCUGCUGCCGCACCUGUGAUGAAUGGAACCAUGUCUAGCUUGCACAAUCCACCCACCACUGAUGCCAUCCUUGCCAGUGUGAGUUCCAUUCCUCAACUUCCUCCUCCAGAACUCAAAGGUGAAGGUAACACCAGUAAGUCUAAGUCUCCUCCUCCAGAACUCAAAGGCAAAGGUAAAAACAGUAAAUCUAAGGCUAAGGCUGAGGCGAAGAACAAGGCUGCCAAAACUCCAACUCCGAAGAAAAACAACAGUCGUAAGGUUGGCGAGAAAAGCAAGAGUACUGGAGGGAAUGGUGACGGUGGAGAUAGUAGCAGUUUGAAUAGCUGGAGUUUGGGUCUGAUGUGGAAUGCUCCUAAAAGGAGAAGGACGUGAGACUUCAUUCUUGGCCGAGGUUAGGGAUAUUUAAUUGUGUUUAUAGAUGGAUUAGGAUAUCACUCUUUGUAGUUUGUACCAUUUAUUAUCCAUGUUUAUGACUUUGGAGGCAAUGGCAUUUCAUUAACCUGGUCUAGUUUGGAAUUUGAUUUGUUUUUCUUCUUUGAAAAGGUUAGAGAGAUGGGCUUUGUUUUUCCAUUCAGGAUCAAAAUUCUUGUGUCGAGUACUGUGUUCAAUGGAGGCAACUAUCCCAACUUUUAAGCUAACAUAACCGUUUUGAAUACAUUACUUGAGAAUACAAAAUUGAGUCCA